GAAAGAGGGAGGGAAAAGCCUGGGAGACGGAGAGGAGUUGAGAGACACAACGGAGGUGGCCAGCAAUUUCAGUUCGUGUUGCAAACGGCGAAUAAAGUAGUUUACGCAAACUAAGAGUCAGACCUUAACAAAAUUUACAGUCAGAACCGAGACAUGGAAAAGAUGUUCAGCGUUGGACUCACCUCGCUGUUGUUACUUUGGUGUUUACAAGGAUGUUGGUGCAAAGACCCGGCGCCCGUGUCUGUGAAAGUGCCCCGCACCGUGGAGGUCAUAAAGGGGGACACCGCCAUCCUGCCGUGUUCCGUCACCGUCCGAAACCCCUCCAGUUCCAACAUUCUGGAGUGGUUCAUUGAGGAAGGCAGCAAGAGGCACCGGGUGGCCUUCAGGCCCCAGUUGGGCGGGGAGGGGCAGAGCGACCAGGGGACACGCCUCUCCGGGCGGGUGACGAUAUGGAGCAACUUCUCCCUCUCCAUCUCGCCGGUCCACGUGGAGGAUGAGAAGAACUUCACCUGCCAGAUGACGGCCGGGCCCGAUGGGGUCGCGGAGGGCACCACGGAGCUCAGGGUAUUCGUUGAACCGGAGAAACCAGAGGUGACCGUUACCAGUCAGGUCAUUUCUGUCACAGACUCCAGCGUCUCUGAGGUGGGCCACUGUGUCAGCAGGAAUGGUCACCCAAAACCUCGCAUUAUCUGGUACCAGGACUCCCAACCCCUUCCAGAGGUCAAAGACUCCAACCAGAUGAUGUACAUGGUCCCCAGUCUGGCGAGGGAGGCCUCGGGCCUCUACACGGCCUCCAGCACCCUGUACCUGAAGCCAAAGAAGGAGGACAGGGAGUCCAUCUUCCACUGCAAGGUGGAGUACAACAUGACCUCCGGGCAAAUCAUGAGCAAGGACUCGGCACCCUUCAACCUCACUCUGCACUAUCCUGCGGAGCAUGUGACAUUCGGCAUCAAGUCCCCCGGCCCAAUCAAAGAGGGCGAUACUGUGGAGCUGAGGUGUGAGACCGACGGCUACCCGCAACCCGAGUUUGAUUUCGUGUUCAUUAAGGAGGGGAAAGAGGUGACUAAGCAGGGCCAUGCGGGAAUCCUGACCCUCAGCCCUGUGAAACGGACGGAUGCCGGGGUCUACCGCUGCGAGGCCCUGGACUUCGAUGCGGCGGAGGUCGACCUCACCAAGAACCUGACCCUCUCCAUCCACCACAUGGACCCAGUGAUGAUCACUCCUGCUGGUCCCGUGACUGUGGACGUGGGCAAAGACGUGGAGCUGUUCUGUAAGACCAAGGCCUCAGCUGAGCACGCCCUGCAGUGGAGGAAGGGUUCUGAGGUGGUGUCUGAGACUGAAUCGCUGUCACUCAAGUCAGUGUCCUACUCAGACGCAGGGGAGUAUAUUUGUGUGGGUUCUGUGCCCUCUGUCCCGGGACUCCACAAGCACGCCAACGUAACACUCACUGUCUCAGGGUCGCCAAAGAUCAAGGAGCCCUCAGGAGCUACUGAAGUCCAGAAAGAGGGUGACCAGGUGACCCUCACUUGCUCAGCCCGGGGUCACCCCGCCCCACAGUUUACCUGGACACCCUCAGGAAAAGAGUCAGUGGAAGUACAGGGGAACAAGGUGAUCAGCACUGUCACUCUGGAGGCAACGGCCGCUGUCCUGGAGAAAGGGGUGACCUGCCAGGUCUCCAACACGUUUGGGACAGACACCAUGGCGUUCAAAGUCGCGAUUAAACAAGAUGCUCCCACAGAUUCAGCUGAUUCCAACAGUGCUGACAGAGGAAAUCCUGUACUUAAAACAGCGGACAGGCAGCAGGGCGGCUCCAGCGGAGUAGUGAUCGCGGUAGUGGUGUGUGUGCUCUUGCUCCUCCUGCUGGUCGCUAUACUGUACUUCCUGCAGAAGAACAGGAAGUUGCCCUGCGGGAAACAGGACAAGAAGGACGUCGCGGGUGGGGAGGUGAACAAUGACAUCGUCGUGGAGAUGAAGUCAGAUAAGGCUAACGAGGAGGCGGGGCUACUAAACAAGCGGCCAGCAACAGAGCAGUGAAAAGAAGAAAUGAAAGGAUGGAUGGCGUGAUGGGAGACGAGUGUGAUCAAACGACAGCAGUACUACUUUCUUUUGACUGAGAAACAAAUCUGAAAGAGCAGAGGGGGAGGAGUGGGAUGUGAGCUGUAGUGUGGGGUAACAAUUGGGGGGGGGCGGGGGUCAGUUCGGCCCAUUUUAGCAAUUUAAUAUAUUUUUGGAAAUUAUGAUUUAAUAAAAAAAACCCUAACCAUGUUCUGCAAUCACAGAUUCGGUUGAUUACAGUACAGAGUAGUGCAGUACAGUACAAUGGGGCUAAACGCAGUCUAUCACACUGACACUUUUCCUGUCUACCCCAUUCUGCCUAAACAUAAUAUGCCAUUAUGUCAGAGUAUUGCUCUGGAAUGUGUCUGCAUCCAUAUUGUAAUGUACUGCACUGGUCUGCACUAUAACGUCUUUCACUGUACUGUGCAAUACUGUCUGCAUUUUUACUAUCCUGUGCUGCAUUUGCACUUAGUCCAUUUGCUUGCCCUGCAUUAGGGUGCAGUAAACCAUCGCAUGCUACAUCCUGCAAACAACCAUAUUGCCAUAACCACUUGUAUCAUAGCAACAUUGUGGCAUUCUGUUCAGCACCACGGUACCGUGACAACAGUUCUGCCUCAGAAGGGACCAUGCUCUUACCGUGGCUGUAGAAAACAUGAAUUUCUUAUGGACCUAUCUUUAAAAACCAUGCGAGCCUGUUGGUAACUCUCUGCUUACGCCCAGUUAUGCCAUGUGUUGAUAUUCACCACUAUCACCACCGCAGACGUCACUUAUAAUGUCAUUCCCAAGUUUGUAACCGAUUCGAUCUCUUCAGCUUUUCCAGUAUGUAAUUAUACUACUUGAAAAGUUACUUGAAGUCACACGACCUUUUUUGUAAGCUGAAACCAAAAGGCUCUGAGUUGCAUUAGGUGGG